UAUAUCAUUUAGAGAAGCUCUAGAGGCAUAAAUCAAAAUCAGUUCUGUCUUAUUCUUGCCUCUUGGGACCUUGCUGCUGUGUACUUCACCUCUUGUGGGGAUGUCCUUGUUGUUCUCUCCAUCAAAAAUACAUCAUAAAACUACACCCUCCUUUCAACUUAUAGAGGUAACAAAAACUUCUCAAAUUAUAGUAUCAAGAUUCAAGUCUACAUAAAGUUUUUUCUUUGAAGUACUUGUUCCAAGAAAGGAAGAGAAAGAAUGGAUGAUAAGUAUAGGCUAGUUAGGAAGCAUAGUGGGCUAUGGAGAACAUUGAGAGAUGGAGAUUUUGAAGAGGAAGAAGUUUGGGAUGUUGUGAAAGAAAGAGAAGAUUACUCAUGUGAAGUUGUUCACCACAAGGCAAAGAACAAAGAGCUAUCUUCUCUUUCGAUUCCGAUUGGUUCGAGAACGAUUCCGAUUCCGAGUUCAUCUCAUGAAACAAAAGGUUUUCAACAAUCAUCAGCACCGGUUAAUAUUCCGGAUUGGUCAAAGGUUUAUGGUGGGAAUGAUAAGGUAAUUAACAAGAGUGUUAAGAAUGUUUCAAGGUAUGGUAAUGAUAAUUAUGGUUUCUAUGAUGAUCAUGAAGAUGGUCAUGAUGAAGUCUUGAACCAUGAUGAUGGUGAUGAUGAAGAUGAAGAUGAAGAUGAUGAUGAUGGUGAGUAUGGUACUAGGCUGCCACCACAUGAGAUAAUUGCAAGAAGGCUAGCAAGGAGUCAGAUUUCUUCAUUUUCUGUUUUUGAAGGAGUUGGUAGGACACUUAAGGGUAGGGAUCUUAGCAAAAUGAGGAACUCUGUCCUCAUAAAGACUGGUUUUCUUGAAUCAUUGUGAUUAAGAGUUUUUCAAUUGAUCAAAUUUGCGAUGUGUUAUGUACAUGGUUUUCAAUUGCGGUUGCGUAGUUUGUAUUGCAUUAAAAUGUUGAGAAUCUAGUCGAAAUUGGAGUUGUAAUAUAGUUUCGGAGACUUCACAAUGUUUUGUAAUGCGGCCGCAAUUGAGUUUGUAUCAGUAAGUUAUAAUUAGUGUCGUUUUUGAAGACGUGCGAGACAGACUACUAUAAAAGAUCUAAAAUUUAUCACGGUUCCACCAUUGUUAAAUAUGACAUUUGUCAAAAUUAAA